ACUGAAACAUGUAUAUUGUUUUUCUUUUCAUUGCAAUCUCAGUAAUGGACGAAAUCCCAAAAUUUGUGAAAAUGUUGAGCCGAGAUGCUUGCCGUUCUAAUAUCUUGGAUGUUCCUAAGGUUUUCACCAAGAAAUAUGGUCAUCGUAUUCCUACAACUAUUAAGAUUGUACUGCGCACUGGUUACACCCUCUGGUUGGAUUAUGAUAAGAAAAAGAGUCAAUUUUUUGGUAUCAAAGAAUUGUUCUCUGAUUUUUCUGUAACCGGUGGUCAGUUGCUAGUCUUUACAUAUUCUGAUGGCUUUAUGUUUGAUUUGUGCAUAAUUGGUGUUGACGGUGGGGAAAUCCAGUAUCCUCCUAUUGUACAUAAGCUCCAAGAUUGUUCUCCACAGAAUGUUUCAAUUCGUGAGAUUGGAUGGAGUUUUAUUCGCGGUAUUACAACUGGUCCCAAAGUUGUUGAUGAAGUGGUUAGUGAUUUUUUUUGAAUUUUAUUUAAUUAUUUUUGUUUGUCAAAGAUCUUGAUUUUUUAUCUAUUUUAAUGUACUGUGAAUGGCUAAAUUUUUUAAUUGGUACUGUUGGGUUUUAUUUUUUAAUGGGUUAUGUUUUUGGUUAAGGAGCUGCCUACUUCCUUUGUUGAGCAUUUGGGUAGGUAUAUUCCAGCAGACUUGGAAAUAUCUGUGAGUUGUGGUGUUAAGAUUCUUGGUGGAUAUAAUCGCAAGGAAAAGAAAAUCAAUGGGUUGUCUAGUCUGUGCAACAUGGUGGGUUAUCGUCACUUGAACUCCUUUAAUGUGUUGCUCCUAACCUAUUAUGGUCGAGAGAAGUUCACUGUCUCGGCUUUUGAUUCGGCCAUGGUAGAAAUCUUUGUGAAAGUUAUCCCUGCUGUUCAUGUUGAGAGAUUUGCUGUUUUGGAGCCAUCAUUUGAAAUUGUUGUCCAACCCUUCCAUUUGCUUCGUUACUCUUAUGGAGUGGACAUUCCUUCAAAGUUCAGCAAGCUUUCUGAUCGAUGGGAUCGUCUUGACUACAUUACUGUAUAUGAGGGCAAACGAUGUUGGAAGCUGCAAGUUCGUGCCAGGAGACAUGGAAAUCGAAUGUGCAUACAUGAUGGCUGGAUCAAGUUUCGCUCGGACAUGCGUCUUGCUGUUGGUGACGUAAUGAAGUUCAUUUGGCAGAGUGAAAGCAUUCGUAACUUUGAUGUGUUGGUGCUGAAGAAAGUCCAAAAUGCAGACUGAUUGUGUGUGUCCCAGACUCUUGUUCUUAACUUUUGGUUUUUUGUGGUAUAUUCCAUGAAACAAUAUUCUUAGCUUUUAGGUUUAUCUUGACUGACUUAAUUAAGGUAUUAGUACUCCU